CGGAAAUGAUGGAGUACAUCAUAAACGUGUAUGAAAACAUUUUCUUCAAAGAUGCCGUGAAUGUCAAUAAAUUUUGACAUCAAUAUUUGUUGAAGAAAAGAUAAGGACUGAAAAUAAAUGAGCUCAGUUAACGAAAUGUCUCAUCUUCCCGAUGAUAUUCGCGAAAAAUUAGCAGAACUUGAAUUGGAACUUUCUGAAGGUGAUAUCACUCAAAAAGGUUAUGAAAAGAAGAGACAAAGAUUGUUAGCUCCAUACGGGAGCGUCGAAAAUAAUAACGCAUCACAAUCAGUUGCAGCUAUUAUUCCAACCGAGAGUCAUAGUUAUGUAAACAGUAUGGCAAUUUUAUCAAAUGAUAACGACGGCAGGUCAAAUUUAUCAAAUAUUCCUACAUCAGCUGGGUCACGACGCGAUCAAAGUGAUUAUGUUAAUCAGCCUACAGGCAGUGGGCAUCAUCAUCAUCGCCAUCAUCAUCAUCAACCUGGAUACAGCAGGGAGGGUAGUAACCAUCAAAAGCACAGAAGAACUCAAAAACGCGUAACACAUAACGAAAAACGUUAUCAUUCAGCUGAACUUCAACAACAACAACAAAAUUUUGUCACCCAAAAAUUAAUAGCUUCACAAUGUCAUGUUGCUGUUACUCAGCAGCCGCAGCCUCAAAAAGCAAAAAUCGUUUAUCGAUCUCAUCAAGUAACUGACGAAGGAGAUUUGCAUGUCGAUGAGCGUAGAAAACUGCGAAGUAAAUCAGAUAGACAUCACGAAGGAAGAUACACCAGUGAAGUCCGUCAAGAGGCGGUACAGCAAGCUCUCGCUGCAUUUAAGAACCGCCCAAAACCAAGUCUACCGAUGCCAUCAAAACGCUCUUCGGUAUUUAACCGAAGCCCAGAGCGUAGAGAUGAUCACGACUCAGAUUCAACAUCAGAAGAAUCUAAUCCUGAGGAUAUACAAACACCUGAUCAAGAGAUCGGUUACAAUCUUCCUCGUGAUCAUAUUGCAACAAACCGUGAACAAAUGAAACUUCCAUCGUCUUCCCGAAAUGUUUUAGGAACAAAAAAUGAGUCUGAUCAGAGGAAACAUCAUCAAAAUAAAUCACAAGUCUCUGAUACUUCAAGUACAGGUUCUCCGACCGCUUCUGGAAGAAAACUUAUUCCUGUCGGUUAUGAUUACGCAACAGAAAUGAGCGAUUUGAGUUUAGCUAGCGCUGGUAGAAACCAGCCUGACCUCACUCAAUUUAGCGUUAACACGCGUCGUGGCGCUGAUCGAGUGACCAGAUAUGCAAACUUACAUCAGCAAGAACCCGGAGAUACAUCAACAGCUGGGCGUUGGAAAGUCUCUGCAAAGAUACAACAACUUUUGAAUACACUCAAAAGACCUAAACGAAGACCAUUACUCGAGUUUUAUGAAGACAAUGAUAUUGAACUUGAAUUAGCUGCCAAUCCAAAAGAUCCGAAUGCUCCACGCCCAGAAGGAGCCACAAUGACUCCCGUACAAGGUGAACAGUUGGUUAUAACGUCCGGACUUCCAAGAACUUUAGAAGCUGCCCUUCAACGUUAUGGAACAUCCAGCUUUAAAGCACCAAUGGCAACAGUUCUAGAUACAAAUGGAAAAAUGACUACAACACUUACGUAUGGAAAGCUUUUAUCAAGAGCUCAGAAAAUAGCACACGCCUUAACGACGAAAAUAUUUAGUAAAGGCCCAGAACAAAUACAACUUAAACCCGGAGACAGAGUAGCUUUAGUUUAUCCAAAUGCUGAUCCUUUGAAUUUUAUCACUGCUUGGUAUGGUUGUAUGUUCAGAGGCUUAGUACCCAUUCCGAUUGAACUUCCACUAAGCACAAGUGACACACCGCCACAACAAGUAGGAUUUCUUUUAUCCUCUUGUGGUGUUCAAGUAGCUUUGACCUCAGAAGCUUGUCUUAAAGGAUUGCCAAAGUCAACAACAGGUGACGUUGCUAAACUCAAAGGGUGGCCAAGACUUCAUUGGUUUAUAACUGAACAUUUAGCAAAAGUUCCAAAAGAUUAUAAUCCUCAAUCGUCACGAAUAACUGAGGAUGCCAUAGCAUACAUUGAAUACACAACAGACAAGGAAGGCUCGGUCAUGGGUGUAACUGUCACCAGGCAAUCUAUGAUUCAGCAUUGCAGAGCUCUUACUAUGGCUUGUCAUUAUACUGAAGGAGAGACGACUGUGUGCGUACUCGACUUUAAAAGAGAAGUGGGACUUUGGCAUGCUGUACUGACAAGUGUGCUCAAUGGAAUGCACGUAUUGUUUAUACCAUACGCAUUGAUGAAACUUCGUCCUUCGUCAUGGAUGCAGCUGAUAACAAAAUAUCGAACCUCAUGUUGUCUUGUUAAAUCGCGUGAUCUUCACUGGGGACUACUUGCCACAAAAGAUCACAAAGAUAUCAAUCUAUCAAGUCUACGAAUGCUUUUAGUAGCUGAUGGUGCGAAUCCUUGGAGCUUGUCGUCAUGUGAUCAAUUCUUGAGCGUAUUUUCUGCAAAAGGGUUGAGAUCAGAUGCAAUAUGUCCAUGUGCAAGUAGUUCAGAGAUAUUUACUGUUUCAUUACGACGUCCAGGACGAGCUAAUAUAUCGUACAGCACGCAAAAUACUGCAACGACUGGGAGAGGUGUUUUAUCAAUGGCUGCUUUAUCACACGGUGUUGUUAGAGUCGACUCUGAAGAUUCUUUAACUUCUCUAACAUUACAAGAUUGUGGACAAGUUAUGCCUGGGGCAACAACGAUGACUUCGCAAUCAUCAGGAAAAGAUAUCGAAUUAAAUUUGAAACCGAUCGGAGAUGAAGCGUAUGUUAGAAGUGGAUUGUUAGGAUUCUUAGGACCUGGUGGAUUAGUUUUCGUAUGCGGCUCGAGGGAUGGGUUAAUGACAGUCACAGGGCGAAAACAUAAUGCAGAUGACAUCAUUGCAACUGUUUUAGCUGUUGAACCUAUGAGAUUUAUAUAUCGAGGACGAAUUGCUGUAUUCUCUAUAAAAGUGCUGCGUGAUGAAAGAGUUUGUGUGAUAGCAGAACAAAGACCAGAUUGUAGCGAAGAAGAAUCUUUUCAAUGGAUGUCAAGAGUAUUGCAAGCUGUCGACUCUAUCCACCAAGUUGGGAUUUAUUGCCUGGCUUUAGUUCCCCCUAAUCAUUUGCCUAAGACUCCUUUAGGUGGGAUUCAUCUUUGCGAAGCUAGACGAAGAUUUCUAGAGGGUUCUUUACAUCCAGCAAAUGUUCUUAUGUGUCCUCAUACCUGUGUAACUAAUCUUCCGAAGCCAAGGGAUCUCCAUCAAGGCUCAUUGUUGCAAAUUUGUGGUACUUCAACAUCUGCCUCAUCAUCUGCAGACACUUCCGUUGGACCAGCGUCUGUGAUGGUGGGAAAUUUGGUGCAAGGAAAUCGGUUAGCCGCAGCACAAGGACGUGAUUUAGGAUUCACAGACGAUAAUAAACAUCAACUCAUCACAGGUGUUUUGAGAUGGCGAGCAAAUUCUUCUCCCGAUCACGUACUGUACACACUUCUUAAUUCAAAGGGUGCCAUUGCAAAGACUAUGACUUGUUCAGAACUUUACAAAAAAGCUGAAAAGAUUGCUGCACUUCUUCAAGAAAGAGGAAAACUAAAUCCAGGGGAUCAUGUUGCUCUGAUUUUUCCUCCAAGUCUCGAUCUUAUCGCAGCAUUUUACGGCUGUCUUUAUCUAGGAACAAUUCCAGUAAUUAUAAGACCGCCGCAUGCACAAAACUUAUUAACAACUCUUCCAACUGUACGCAUGAUCGUUGAUGUAUCCAAGUCACUUACGACAAUCCAAAAAAAAAAAUUAGCAGCAAUUGCAAACGCUACCCUCGAAUCAACAGCUUAUCUUGAUUUUUCUGUAUCAACGUGUGGAAGAUUGGCUGGAGUCAUAAUUACACACAAAUCACUGUCAUCACUAUGUGCAUCACUAAAAUUGGCUUGUGAACUUUAUCCAUCCAGACAUGUAGCUCUCUGUUUAGAUCCGUACUGUGGAUUAGGUUUCAGUAUGUGGACACUUAUAAGUGUCUAUAGUGGACACCAUUCCUUAUUGAUUGCUCCUUAUGAGGUUGAAGCAAAUCCCUCUUUAUGGCUUUCAACUUUAUCACAAUAUCGAGUGCGAGAUACGUUUUGUUCUUACGGAAUAAUUGAAUUGUGUACUAAAGCAUUAAGUAAUUCCAUUCAAACAUUGAAGCAAAGGAAUAUAAAUUUAGCGUGUGUUAGGACAUGUGUUGUUGUGGCAGAAGAAAGACCAAGAGUUCAACUGACUCAACAGUUUUGCAAACUCUUUCAAGCUCUAGGAUUGAACAUGAGAUGCGUUUCAACAAGUUUUGGCUGUAGAGUCAACCCCGCUAUAUGCGUACAAGGUGCGAGCUCAGCAGAAAGUACAAAUGUUUAUGUUGAUCUUCGGGCGUUACGCAAUAACCGUGUUGCCCUUGUUGAAAGAGGAGCGCCAAAUUCUUUAUGCUUAGUUGAAUCUGGCAAGCUUUUACCUGGUGUCAAAGUCAUAAUUGCAAAUCCAGACACAAAGGGUCAAUGCGGUGAAUCUCAUCUUGGUGAAAUUUGGGUACAAUCUUCUCAUAAUUCUGGAGGAUAUUUUACAAUCUACGGUGAUGAGACCGAUUACAAUGAUCACUUCAGCGCCAAAUUAGUUACUGGAUCAUCAACAACUGAAACCUGGGCAAGAACCGGUUAUUUGGGUUUCGUUCGUCGAACUGAAUGCUCUCAAGCUUUUUCCGCUCUUGAUGAAACACUUCCGACAGUUGCAAGUAGAGUUGAAGAACAUGAUUACGAUCAAAUGUACACCCAAACUGGUGGAGCAAUUCAAACAACACCAGCAUCUUUGAGUACUGGAAGUGGUAUAAAUCAAAUAGGAAGCAUAACAUCUUCAUCAUCUCUUAACAAUUGUAACACUGUAAACACACCACAAGAGAUAGAACAACAUGUGGCUGUUUAUGUGGUCGGUGCACUCGACGAAGUUAUAACUCUUAGAGGAAUGAAUUAUCAUCCAAUUGAUAUAGAAAAUUCUGUUCUACGUUGCCAUAAAAAAAUCGCAGAAUGUGCAACAUUUACUUGGACAAAUUUAUUGGUCGUUGUUGCCGAAUUAGAUGGAAAUGAAUCAGAAGCUUUAGAUCUUGUACCUCUGGUAACGAGCACUGUUCUCGAAGAGCAUCAAUUGAUAGUAGGAGUAGUAGUAGUCGUUGAUCCGGGAGUCGUUCCAAUCAAUAGUCGUGGAGAAAAGCAAAGAAUGCAUUUACGUGAUGGUUUCCUGGCUGAUCAACUUGAUCCUAUAUAUGUCGCGUACAACAUGUAAACUUCACUCUUUUUUUUUAAGGUUGGCAAUAAGCGUCUCUCUCAGUUUUGUUAACGUUAAUAUUUUUAACAUUUUCAGUCGUAUUUACUCAGAAUAUUAUUCAUAUAAUUCAUAAAAUAUUUAAUGGGAAUUUAUAAAGCAUUUAAAAUUUUGUUGCAAAUGAAACAAAACGAUUCCUUUAAAUAUACAGACAGCACCUAAACAUACGAGUCAUACAUAACAUUAGUUCUUUAGAUAUUUGAACUCCCUAUUCAAGGAAACAAACAUAUUUACUAGCAAGGUAGAAAGGAAUUAAGAUUAAUUUUUGCAUUUUGGAAAAUUCUGAAUUAUAAGUUAUUGUAAACGCAUAAUUGCCAGUAUUUACUUCGUAAAGAGAAAAAUGAAAUCUCAAAUUCCAUUUGUUUUAAUUACCUAAUUGUUACAGUUUCGAAAGUCCAAGUACAUAGUAACAGCGUUUAAGUAAUAAUUAUUAUGUCUAUGUAACGAAGAUAGUCAAAUACUUUCAGAAAAUAAAACAUUUGAACUUAAAAUAAGUCGUUUUA